UAAAUGCUAGUUACCAGUCUCUUAUCGCCGGCCGAGCACCUAAUCUAACAAAUUCAAUCGAGAUCUCUCUCUUUUUUUGAGUCGGGAAUUAUACUUUUACACUAUGUUAAUCAAAGUAAAGACUUUGACAGGAAAGGAGAUAGAGAUAGAUAUCGAACCAACAGACAAGGUUGAACGCAUAAAAGAAAGAGUAGAAGAAAAAGAAGGUAUUCCUCCCCAGCAACAAAGGUUAAUCUUCAGUGGGAAACAGAUGAAUGAUGAUAAGACAGCAUCUGAUUACAAAAUCCAAGGGGGAUCUGUACUUCAUCUUGUACUGGCGCUUAGAGGAGGGAUGUGCUGAUAUUUGCUAUGCCAUGCCGAGGAUAACAAGUAUUGUUAUCAUCAACAGCAACUUGAACCAAUGUUACAAACUACUUAAAGCUAUAAUUUUUAUGUCAGACCCAUAUAAAGGUUAUGGAAAUCUCCUAAAUAUCUUUCUAAAAAUAGAUAAGUAAUGGUUAGAUUUAGAUGCAGUUUCAUAUGCUGUAUUUUCCCUCUAUUUGUAAUUAGUUUACAUAAUGCUAGAAAGAUUUCCUGAGAUGUUUGAUGAGUUUAUUAGUUUCUGGAAGACACUGCAUUACAUAACAGAUAAUGUCAGUUGUCAAGAGACCCCAUCUAGUCAGAAAUGAGUCCAUUCAACUUAACCGGAAACUAGACCAGAAACUCAAUUCCUCUAAAAUGUCAUGUUAUUUUUGUAUGUUUUUUCUCGGUUUGUAUUAUUGUAUAAACUACAAAAGCUAGUUAAAAAACAUUGUAAUCAUACCAGUGAUUUCUGUGGAAUUUUAGAAAUCAGUUAUUUCUAAGUAGACUUUAGAAAGACUGUGUUUUGCGGAGUACAUUCUUAUGUGAUGGCAUAGCUUUGUUCAUUGAAACAUGGUUAUUAGGUUGCCAUCAUAGUUACUGCUAACUACGACAAGACAAACAUAACUGAUUGAUGAGCCAA